AUGGGAAGGUGUGAGCACAGUAGACCUGAUGAAGAAUGUUCCCCAGAUGAAAAUGGGUAUAUCCUAUACUGCCCCUGCAUGGGUAAGCACUAUCUCCUUUCAUAUCAGCAUUGGGAAUAUGAAAAUAUUGGGUCCUGUGUCUUAUAUUUCUGCACUUUUAAAUUAACAGGCAGAUUUGGGAAUCAAGCUGAUCACUUCCUGGGUAGCUUGGCCUUUGCAAAAGCUUUGAACAGGACUUUGGUGCUUCCUCAUUGGAUUGUCCACCGCUCACCAAAGCAUCAUGAGUCACCAUCAGUAAUGGUUCCCUUUGAUGACUGGUUCCAAGUUGCACCCCUUCAGGGAUAUCAUCGUGUUAUACUGAUGGCUGAAUUCAUGAGGUCCAUAGCUCCUGUAAUUUGGCCUCCUGGAGAGAGGGCAGGUUUGAGUCAAUCCUUGUUUACUGAUCUCUUGACUGAAUGCAUGUUUCCAGUGACUCCUGGUUUAUUGGAGAAAAAGAAAGUAGGCUUAACAUUUUCUGUAACUAUUACAGUUCUCUGCUACAUGGCAAGAAAGGGUCCCGAUGGAGAUGGUUGCAAUGCCAAGGAUGGCAAUCCUUUUGGUCCAUUUUGGGACCAUAUCAAUGUCAACUUUGACAGAUCAGAAAUAUUCCAGCCUCUUCACUAUGACAUCCACAGGCAGGACAAUCUUGAGAAAUGGAAGGAGAAGUAUCCUCCUAAGGAAUGGCCAGUGUUGGCAUUUGUUGGAGCUCCUGCUAGCUUCCCAGUCCAGGAGGAAAACAUACAUCUGCAGAAAUAUUUUAAAUGGACAGAAGAGAUGGUGCAGAAAGGAAGUGACUUCAAGAGAACACAUUUACCAAGAGGAGCUUAUGUGGGAAUACAUUUGCGCAAUGGAAUUGAUUGGGAACGAGCCUGCUCGUAUGUGGACAAAUCCCAAACCCUCUUCUCAUCUCCCCAGUGUGUGGGUUACCGAAAUGAUAAGGGUCCCACUACCCAAGAGAUGUGUCUUCCACCUUUAAGCACAAUUGUGAAACAUGUGAAGAGGGCUGUGAAGCAAGUGAAUGCCCAGUCAGUUUUUGUGGCCUCUGACAAUAAUCACUAUAUUCCUGAACUCUCAAAGGCCCUGGAAAAAAUGCAGGUGUCAGUCCACAAAUUGGAUCCACCAGAUCCUCAACUAGACUUGGUGAUUCUUGGUCUGUCCAAUCACUUCAUUGGGAACUGUGUAUCUAGUUUCUCUGCAUUUGUGAAGAGGGACAGAGAUGCCAUAGGAUUCCCAUCUUCCUUCUUUGGCUUUCCUGUACCAAGGCACUCAAGUGCUAAAGAGGGAAAUAAUUUUCAUGACGAACUGUGAUAGAACAGCAUUCUCUUCCUCCAUGGUGAGCUAUUUGCUUUUUGCAUAACUUUUUCCUUUCUGCUUCUCUAUCACUUAGAUCAUUGUGAUCUCUGAUGAGCCUCACUG